GUGGCCGCCAUAGAAACAAAGCGCGGGAAAGUUUGACAUUCAAUUGCGUUCGGGAAUAUUGACGUGCCAUGUUUGUUAUCAAGACGCUGUUGCUUUGCGCGGUGUGCGCUCUCGCGUCCGCGCAGAACCGCCCCAACACCACCCCGGUGCCGAUCCUGAAGCAGAUCAACAAGCAGAACGACGACGGCUCCUACAGCUACGGGUACGAAGCUGCGGAUGGCUCCUUCAAGAUCGAGACCAAGUACCCCAACGGGGACGUGGCCGGCAAGUACGGCUACGUUGAUGUGGACGGGAAGGUUAGAGAGGUUUCUUACGGCGCGAGCAGCCAGCGAGGAUUCGAACCUGAAGGCACUGGAAUAAUGGUGCCACCACCGACGCUCCACGACCCCGCUUCAAACAACGCACUCACCGACGGCCAAGAAGACGACGGACAGUACCGAGAAGACCCGAGAAUAUACGAAGACCCGAAAUACAACGGACGUAAAGCCAAACCCAGCUCGUUCAGAUAUGAACAACCGCAACAGCAGCAGUUCAGCUUUUCGUCGCAACCGAAGAAAUACCAAGAACCGCAAGCUUACCAACCACAACCGCAGUACCAAGCGCGGCAGCAAUACCAACCGCAACCACAGUACGAACCGCAGCCGCAAUACCAACCCCAGCAACCUGCAUACCAGCAACAGACAAGCCUCUUCAGCCAAUCUCCUCAGCAGUUCACUCCAGAGUUCAAACCGCAAAGCCAAGUGUACCACCAGCAACCGCAGUUCUCUUACCAAUCCUACACUCCGCAACCUUACCAAAAUAACCAGUAUCAAAACAACCAGAGGCAAAACUACCAGCACCAGAACCACAACCCAUUCGCUGGUCACCCAGCCCAGAACUUUGACCCCAGCACGGGAUCUUAUUCUAUUGAUUUUACUGGUAAAUAAAUUUACUGGGAAAUUUCAGUAUUUACUGAAAAAUUUACUGUAGUAAAAUAGUAAGUAAUCCAAAGCAAUACAAACUAAAGCGUGUUUGCAUUGUUUUCAUCAGUUUCAAAAUUCCACAAUACUUUUCGUAUUUCCGUUAUAAUAUGACCGAAACCUGCUGUUCGCAUGACAUUCAUAGCUUGUUUAUUUACUACUCUUUCAUUUACUAUGACUUCAAUUUAUAUUUUCUUAAACCUUGUAUUAUAACUAAA